CGAUAGCAUUAUCAUAACAGCAGCACUGUCACUCCUGUGUUUUACAGUACAACACCUACAAAUUCCAAAAAGGACAGCCCGGAGACUUUUACCCUUAUGUCUUCAAUGACACUAUGGGUCUUGAGAUGGACAAGAAGGGAGGAGUCCAUCCAGAAGACAUCAAACUGGCCAUGAAGGGACAUGUGAAAGAUGGUUACAUGUACAAUCCCGGAUCUAAACUGUCAGAGGACAGUCAGCAUUACAACGCAGAACCAACUCUAAAUGACAAAGUUCAGGUUCUGGUGUGUGUUGUACCUGCUGACAAAGCAGCUCUACUGACUCAAGACGAUGUGAGGAAGAUAAGGGACAUCAGAGAGACAGCCAGUGACCUGGGAAUUCCCCAGCUGGCUGUCAUCACCAAAAUUGAUUUAGCCUGCCCACUGAUCGAGAAGGAUCUGAAGAACGUCUAUAAGAGCAAGUACCUGAAGGAAACGAUGCAGAAAUUCAGUGAUUUGGUGGGAAUUCCAAUGAACUGCAUCUUUCCUGUGAAGAACUACCAUGAAGAAAUCGACGUAAACGAUGAUGUUGAUUCUCUGAUUCUGAGUGUCCUGAGACGGAUCAUCAACUGUGGAGAAGACUUCAUCAACAACAUGGAAACCUAAGUCACUUUCAUUUGGCUUUCAGAGAUGUUCAUGGCAUUAUAGAAACAGCAUAAUUCCAGUGACAUUAAUCAUGGAUUUGU